AUGUUCGACAAUAUAUACAAUACUUGUAAAGACAACAUGAAUAUAAGCAAAAAAGUUUACAUUUAUUGGCAUCUUUUUCUUUUUGUUCGACUGUUGAUUAGAAAUUUUGUUCAAUUUCAUAAUUAUAACAAACAUUAUAAUGAACAAUUAGAUAUUGGAGGAAAAGAGUAUAUUUUUUAAUAAAAAUUAUUUUAUUUGUAGAGCUUUAAUAGGACUUAGUAUUAUAAAAUUGGUAUCAAGGUCUGACAUUUCCGACUUCCGUUUUCCGAAAAUUUUAGAUCCGAGCCAUUUCUUAUUUCUAACAUCUUCGUCAUUUC